CAACUUAAUGAAGCAUUACAAAUGCAUAUGGAUGCACACAAACGAUUAAGUGAUCAUCUUGAGGUUCAAAGAAACUUGAAGAUAAAACUUGAAGCACAAGGAAGAUUUCUAGAGCGAAUAAUGGAAGAACAAAAAGUUUGUGCUUCAGGUUCUAGACCUAGCUGCAAGUCUUAUUCGUAUUCACCCUUGUCGUUACCAUCCCUAUGCGAGGAAUCUGAAUCAAAUGUUAAGGAACUCGAGGUUGAAUAUGAUUCCGAGUUUGAUAUAUCUGAUUGUCAAUUACCACGAAAAAGGAUUCGAUUCGAGGAAGACGAUGGAUUAUUAAAUCAUCGAUACAAUAGUACUAAUAAUGUUACAUAUUCACCACAAGAAUUAGAAUGGACUACUCUUGCAAAUCAUCAGUCAUCACCAUAUGAUUUGCAUGCUUUAUAUGAUUAUCUUAUUUAAUCAACUUAGUUGAAUAUAUAUUGUUGAAUUUAAAGAGUACGAUUGGACAUGUGAAGAAAAAGUGUGUUAGUUAGGGAAAAUAUAUAUAAAUAUAUGAGUGUAUUUAAAUAAAACAACAUAUUGUAUAAUACGCUUAUGUAAUCUUGAUAAUUAAGCACAAUUUACA